CUCUCUGGCCACACUGAGUCGAAACUGAAAACGAAACUGUCAGGUUGCGGGUCGAGUGUUUAUAAAUUUUUAAGCAAAUAUUCGCAGACUAACUUUGCUUCGCCGGGAAAUAGUUGGUCAUAAAUUAAAAGCGCGCCGGUCCGAACAACACCUCUCUCAGAAGUUGGCAGUUAGGCCAACGAAAAGAAAAAAAAAACGCAAAUGCUGAGGGAAAAGUGAGACGAAAAGCGAAUAUACACAAAAACGCUGGUGAAUUCAAUGGAAAAGUGUUAAAUUCACGGGCAAAACAGCAAGAUUAAAGCUAAAGUGUCGGAGGAAAAGCCAACUGCUGUCUGUGCGGCGGCGUCUCGGUGAAUUUUCCGUUUUCCGACCCCGCGACGAGGGUGGAAAACGCGUGAAAAACCGAAACGAAAAUCCUGCGUGUGUGUGCAAAUAAUGUGAAUAAGAGUAGCCUGGAAAAUCAAAGAGUUUGCCAAAAAGAAGAAAAUACGAAAAUCGGUUGCACGGCAAAAAUGGGAAAGAAGGCGGAAUGUCCGAUGGGCGAUUUUUAGUGCGGGAGCAGCUCAAAAAUCCAGUUUCGGGCUGCAAGGCGUGUCAGGAUUGAAAUCGAACCACCACCACCAACAAAAACCAGCAGCAGCAGCAGCAGCAGCAGCAGCAGAAGCAGCAGCAACAACAACAACAGAAACGACCGCUUUGAGCCAAUUUCGUUGGCCCUUUUCCUGGUUAUUCCUGUUUGACUUCAUUUUCACCCAGCUUUCGCCGCAGAACUUCGCAUUUCGGAAGACAAAAUGUCGACGCGCUCGCAAUUAACCAAGGACCUCAACGAAAGCGUCAAAUCCAUACUGGGUCGCCACACAAAGAUACUCGUGAAGUAUAUGGUCAAAUUGGAGACGAAAGGCGAUAAGACGGAGAAUCGUGUUCUGGUCUUUACUCCCGUGAGGGUCUAUCUGCUCAGCGCCAAAGUGCCCACCAAGAUCGAAUGCCAUUUCCACUACCUGGACAUUGUGGGGGUCGAGAGCAAGAAGUCCACCCACUUCUCCAUUGUUACCAACGAUCGGCCAUACUCGUUCGUCACCACCGGCGAUGCGGGCAAUUUCAGCUCGAACGCUGAUGUCAUUCUGACCGAUCUGGCCUCGGCCAUCAAGCAGAUAUUCCCAACAGUUCCUCUAAAGUACAUCAUCCGGAAGAUUGAUAUACAGCCGCCGGAGCGGGAGACCAUAUUCUCCGAGGAAUUCCGACCCUCCGAUCCGAGAAAUGUGGGUCCUUGUGGGGGCUUCAGUGCCCAAUACGCCUGCAUGUGCGACUUCCAUGGGGUGCCGUAUCGCGAGGAGGUGGCCUGGGACGUGGACACCAUCUACCUGUCCCACGACACGCGAGUUCUCAACCUGCGCGACUUUGACCACCUGGAACCGAAGGACUUGAUGGCCAUCGUUUCGGCGCUGGAGUACAACACGUUUUUUCGUGGCCUGAAGGCGGCCCAUAUGCGACUGUCGCACGAGACCCUGGAACGCAUCCUGCACGUCCUUAAGCGUUCGAUGUGGCUGGAGGAGCUGCAUCUGGAGGCACUGGGCUUAAGAUGGGAUUUCCUGAACAAGUUAUCUUUAUCUGUGAUAACGAAUAGCAAUCCCGCCAUUCGCACCAUCGAUCUGAGCCACAAUAUAAUUGAGGAUAAAGGUGCCAUUCAUCUAUCCGGGCCCAUAGCCAAGGUGUCCAAGGGCCUGUGCAAGCUGGCCUUGGCCCACUGCGGGCUCACGUCGAAGGGAGUCAACCAGAUGUCGCACUCGCUGACGCUCAAUCAAAGUAUUUCCAACUCGCUCACGUAUCUAGACCUAAGUGGUAAUAGUCUUAAAGAUGAUAUAACCAAUCUGCACAAUUUUUUGGCUCAACCCAAUGUGCUGGAGCACUUGGAUCUGGCCUCGACUGACAUCACGCUGGAAAAUUUAUUUGGAGCUCUGUUGCGCGGCUGUGCCACGCAUUUGGCCCACCUGAACGUCUCGCACAACUCGUUCAGCACCAAGAAGGGCAAGGAGAUCCCGCCCUCGUUCAAGCAGUUCUUCACCAGCACCUUCAGUUUGAAGCACCUCAACAUUGCCGGCUGUAAGCUGCCCAUGGAGGCCCUGAAGAACCUGCUGCUCGGCCUGGCCUGCAACGAGUCCACCGCUGGGCUUUACCUGGAUCUCAGCAGCAACACGCUGGGCGCCCAAGGUGCCCAUGUGCUGGAGUCCUGCAUCCAUGGAGUGCGAGUGCUGCAGAGCCUUGAUAUCAGCGAUAACAAUCUGGAUGCUGAACUGGCGACCGUGCUGACGGCCAUUUCGAAGAAUCCCUCGAUCCGGACGCUACAUCUGACGCGCAGCCUUACGGGCAUGAAGCCAAAGCACAUUCCGCCCGUCAUGGACGCCCUGGUCAACCUCAUCCAGAAGGACGACUUCCCGCUGGUCGAGCUGGUGCUGUCGGAGAACAAACUGAAGCAUGAUCUGCACGACUUCAUCAAUGCACUGGGCAGCAAUCAAAGCCUCCAGAAGCUGGAUAUCAGUGGCAACUUCAUGGGCGAUGUGGGCGCCCGCCUCCUGGCCAAAGCUCUGCAGAUCAACAACAGGCUGCGCACCAUUUACAUGGACAAGAACGGGGUGACGCUGCAGGGCUAUGCGGAUAUAGUCUAUGCGCUGGAGCACAACCACAGCAUGCGCACUAUUCCCUUUCCCGUUUUCGAUAUAGCACCGCAUUUGAAGAGUCAUCCGGACAAGACAGAUGCAGUGAUGCGGAAGAUGCAAGAGCUUUUGCAGCGAAACUGCAAUGGAUUGAAGAGAGGCGCGGGCCAGGGAUUCAGGCUGCAGCACGGCUUUAUGCUCUCCUCCACGCAUCAGCUGGUGGAUAAAUUGGUGGCCGAAACACAGGACACCAUAUCGCUGGCCAAGGGAGGCAGUGAUUCCGCCUCGGCGGUGCAGCGAUUGAUUACCGACGCCGAGAACUGCAAGCAGCUGAUGCCCAAGCUACAGGAAGCAGUUCGCAACGAGAGCCAUCCCAUCGAAAUGAAGCUGACCCGAGUGGCCAGCGAGCUGAGCUACACGAUCAAGAGCUAUCUGGAGGAGACGCUGGAGACCAUGAUGCGCACCGGUAUCGAGCAGUGUCCCAAGACGCUGGGCAACCAGAUCGUAGUGCAGGACCUUCGCAAAGGACUCGCCGAGCGUCUGGUGGUGCCCGAAGAAUUUCUGCAGAUCUGCCUGCUCAACAACGCCGGCAGCGAGAUCAUGAACAAAGUUGGUGAAAUUGAACAAUCCCUGGCCGCCGCCAUCUCCGAUCGGGCCACAGAUGAGGUGCUGGAGGCCCUGACCCGCUAUCGCCGUGGCAUGGGCAUUGCGGAGUCGCCAUCGGUGCUGCUCGAUGAGCCGCAGACGCCGGACAUCGUGCGCAGUCGCUCCAGUCAUGACGCGGAUGGUUUGAUCAUUCGACCGGGUGGACGAGGCUCGAUAUUGCCCAAACUGGGCUUGGAAUCGCCCACUAAAUUGGAAUAUCUCAACCUUGCCACUCCGCAUCUGCCCACCAAGCGACGAAGCCAGGUGAAGAAGGUGCGUCCGCAGUCCGUGGUGGAGAAUCUCAGCCUGGGUCACUUUCCUGAUCUUUUGGAGUCGCCCUCCUCGCACCGCUCCAGCUCUCAGCUGUCCACCCGUGCAGGUGCCGGUGCCGUCGCCUUGGCGGGAGCCACCAACAUGACCGACAGCAUUGUGGACGACGGUGGAGUGGAUGAGUGCUGCGACUCGAUUACUGAGCUGCCCAGCGCCUCGUUCCAGCUGCAGCACCUGGUCAAGGGUCGACCGAAGCGGGCCAAGACGCGUGCGCCCACCCGACCCUUGGUCAGUGCCGAGUGUGCCGGUGGCAGCAGGGAGAUAGGAGAGGGUCUGGAGCACUUCUUCCGGCCCGGAUCGGUGACGCCCACCACUCUGACUCCGUUGGUCUCGCCCACGUCGGAGGAAUGCAGUUCGUUGUCUUUCGUGGACAGUCCCACAAUGAGCCGUGAUGGCAAUGGACACAUGACCUCCGAGGAGACCACACCCAUUCUGGAGGAGCGCCGACCAAUCAAAUUGGAGCGCCAGUCGCCAUUGCUCAAGAGUGCGUCCUGGGCCACGCGUUCGCGGUCCACGGACAACCUGGAGAAGUAUUCCCCAUUGGUGGGGCGCAAAUCUCCUCUGGUCAAGAUGCGAACAGAAGGGGGUCCAGGAUCUGGAGCUGUCGGCGGCGCUGAAGAGACACCGAUGCCCAGCUCGAAUCUAUUAAAGACCGCCGCGCGGGAGGACAAAACACGCUCGCCCAGCAGCGAUUCCAUAAAGAGCCAUGCCACCGGCGAGGGAAGCGUAAUUGUGAAGACGGGUAAUGGCAUCCUGCGGACGCCUAUAGUGCUCCAGAAACCUCGACCAUGGUCGGUGGUGGGCAGCGAGCCGAAGGCAUGCGGGGAGCUGAUCACAGGCAAUGGCAAUGCCGACUCCAACAAGACCACGCCAGAAAGAUUAGAGGAAGAUGACGUUGAGAUAGUGACCUUUGGAGCGAACUGCGGCGGGUCCAUUGUUGGCAUCACGCCGGGAAUAGCCUUAUCAUCCGUUGGCGGUGGCAGCAUUGUGGGCAUUACUCCAGGAGCUGCUCUAGAAAAGAAGUCUGUGCGAGAGCUUGCAGCGGGUCUCAAUAGAAUGGAAAUCCCCUUCAAGCCGCCAGUUAUGCCUAGAACGCUGCUGAGCGCAUCAAGUGCCCGCACGAGCACCUCCUCCACGGGCUCCACCUCCAAUGGUGGGUCAGUAGUCACCUCCAGCACCUCAACGACAGUAUUAAACCAGAGCCAGACGCGAUCGAAGAUCGUCACCUCGACGAGCAGCACUGGCAGCGCUGAGACCAUCACAGAGCACAGCAGCAACAGCAGCACAAGCACCUCAUCCAGCAGCCACGAGAAGCUGCAUGCCAAGGCCUGCGCGAGUCUGAUCAGCAACGAGAUCCUGAGCAUGCGCAACGGGCAGUUGUCGGCCAAGUCUGGCAGCUGCGCGGAAAGCAGCGGCGUGAAGCGGAUCGCCAGCAAGGAGAUCUCAACGCUAUUCGAGGAGACAUUAGUUGAAGAACUGCAGCAGAGCAUGGCGACCAGACGCAUGUUUAGAGACUCGCCCUACACCAAGGAGGAUGUCGUUGAUUUAUAAGUGUUCUAGUUAUAUGCUCAACAUUCCCUCAACAUUCGACCCCUAGUCCUCCAACCAACCUGCCACAAGUUCACGUGAUCGAUCGUAGGGGUGGUGAUAAGUUUAAGUGAUGAUGAUGAUGAGAUGAGCUGAUGGAGACAGAUGGGAUAGAUGGAAACGAGGUUGCAACUUAUUCGUACUGAACCAUUAAUUUAUGUGCAAUGGCGCGUGUGUUGUUUUUAUUUGGCAAUUUAGAAUGAACGUGAUUUAUUUAUUGAUAUAUAUACCCUGAUACUUUUAUCCAAAUUAACCUUUGCAUAUUUUUAAAGAUGUUUUGUGUACUAUAUUUUAUAUUUUUAUGUAUUUUAAAUGAGUUAAGUGCCAAUUAUAUAAAGAAUUAACCUAAAUCUAUUUUUAGCGCGUGCUAUACAACAAUUUCAAUGAAACUAACGAAGAUAACGCAAUGAAUAUGAUACACUAUACAUAUUAUGUAAUUCGAUUGCGUGCAUAAGAACUAUUUUAAUGGCCUAAACCUAAACAAAUCUAAAUGAAAUAUAAUAUUUUUUAUAACUGCUUCCAAAUACAAA